AUGAACUUCAUCUAUUGUCCAAACGACGACUCCAUUGGGCCGAGUGUCCAAGGCUGCCGUAAUGACUUCGACUUCACGCUCAAGUUCGAGAGAAUCUUCCUGGCAAUCUUACCCGCUACCUUGUUCAUCGCCCUGUCGACUUCAAGGAUCAUAAUUUUGGUUCGCAGACCAAAGAUAGUGGGCGGUAUAAGCUUUCAGUGCAUCAAGCUCGCUGCAACUACCAUCUACGCAGUCUUACAACUGGUAAAUCUCAUUCUCAACAGUACAGUUACCGCCCGGGCAACGCCGCUUUCAACUGUUGCUUCUGCCCUGAGCCUUAUCGCAGCACUAUGCAUGCCGGUACUGAGCUUCUUUGAGCAUUCUCGCUCACCGCGGCCUUCCAUUUUGCUCAACACAUUCUUGAUCUCAACUAUCCUCUUGGAUGCUGCGCAAGUACGAUCACUAUGGCUAUCCGCCGUCACCUUCCGCGAAAUCACCAUAGCGCGAGUUUUCACUGCUGCCGCCGCCUGGAAGAUUGUUUUGGUUGUGUUGGAGUCUUGGCAAAAGCUGCCGUGGAUUCCCUGGGACCGCAAAGAUCACAGCCCAGAGGAAACAAGCGGCGUAUUUGGAUUAGCGACCUUCUCAUGGCUCAAUCCACUUUUCAUGUGUGGUUAUAAGAGAGUCUUGACUGUACCGGAUCUCUUUCCUCUCGAUAAGAGUUUGUCAGUUAAGACUCUCCAGGACACUACCCGAAGACUAGAGCCUCAGCGUUUUCAGGGGCAGAGCCAUGGUCUUGCCAGAGCGCUCGGGAAACGCCUGGUCGCUCCAUUAUUGCUGCCAAUUGCUCCCAGGAUUGUGCUCCUUGGCCUUGUGUUCUGUCAGCCAUUUCUCUUGGAGGCUCUUCUGAGCUUCCUAGAGGAUCCGAAAGCCAAUCAAUACGCCAAUAGAGGUUACGGGUUGAUAGGCGCUACGUUCAUCGUCUACAUGGGCAUUCCGAUUGCCAAUGCUUUGUAUUGGUAUUUCCAGGAACGGCUCUUGUGUGCGAUACGCGCCUAUUUGGCUGCAGCAGUUUACAGGAAGACCCUUCAGGCCAAAAUCUCAACUGCGGAUAACUCGGCUGCCUUGACAUUGAUGAGCGCGGACAUUGAGCGAAUCCGCAUGGGGCUUAUGGAAUUCCACGAGUUUUGGGCCAAUCCGAUACAAGCCGGUCUGGCCUGUUGGCUGCUCGAAAAGAAACUCGGCGCCUCGUUCGCCGUACCCAUCGUUCUCAUUAUGCUAUGUAUUGCCAGCUCUUCGAUUCUCAUGCGGUAUAUCGGGCCACGGCAAAUGGCUUGGAUGGAGAAAAUCCAAAAGCGCAUCAGUCAUACGGCGAACGUCUUUGGUAACAUGAAGUCCCUGAAAAUAUCAGGAUUGGAGGUUCCUGUUGAAGACAUCAUCAAUUCGCUACGGCUGGACGAACUCAAGGUCGGAAGCAGAUUCCGGUGGUUCCUCGUCAUCUCGGUGGGCAUCGGAUUCACACCUGUCCUGCUGGCUCCUGUUUUCACCUUGGCUUUCACAGCUCGGGAUCUCGACGUCACGACCAUCUUCACCUCCAUUUCGUAUUUACUCCUGCUAUCAGAACCGCUUUCGUCCCUCUUCCAGCUGGUUCCUCAGUUGAUUGCGGCUUUUACAUGCCUACAAAGGGUGCAGUCUUUUCUGCAGGAAGAAUCGCGGCACGAUUUUCGAGACCACGAGGUUUUCGUUGAUCCUAAGGUUCUGGGUUCGCACAGCGCAGCCUCGCCAGUUGCUAAAAUAAUCAACGCAAGUUUUGGCUGGACUGAGGAGUCUUUCGUCCUGAAAAACAUCAACGUUGUGAUUCCUCCCGGUCUGACCAUGGUGAUCGGCCCAGUUGCUUCUGGCAAAUCCAUGUUCUGCAAAGCGUUACUCGGCGAAAUCCCCUUUGCGGAAGGCCACACUGCCAUGAAUAUCAACUGCCGCACUGUUGGAUACUGCGAACAAGUUCCAUUUCUAUGGAACGCAUCUAUCAGGGACAACAUAGUUGGUUUCUUCACGGCCGUGGAUGAGUCGAGAUACGCAGCCGCCAUUGAGGCCACUAUGCUUUCCCAGGACUUCCGUCUUCUUCCCCAGGGCGACCUAACCGUGAUCGGCAGCAAUGGAAUUAGUCUGAGUGGAGGACAGAAACAGAGAAUUUCUAUUGCGAGAGCUCUGUAUAGUCACUGCGACCUCCUCAUUUUCGAUGACGUCUUAAGCGCUCUUGAUGCAGAUACACAGGAGCACGUCUUCCGCCGCGUAUUCGGUCCCAGUGGGAUGCUCAAAAGAAGAACUGCGAACGCUGUUCUCUGUACCAACCUUUCGCAGCAUCUCCAGACAGCUGACUAUGUCAUCGCCCUGGCCGCUGACGGCACUGUUGCGGAAAAGGGCAGCUUUGAUCAUGUCAUUGCCAGCGGGCAAGACGCCUUCCAUCAUUUACUAGGGUCGACUGGUCCGAACAAUCGAUUGGAUAACGAGAAAUCAACGACAUCAGCAUCAAUCGCAGACAUUGACAUUCCAACACCCCAUGACCGACACACAUCAUCUGAGGACCAACGGGAUACCAAAGAUGGUGCACGCAGUAUGGGCGAUGCUUCGGUGUUUCGGUUCUACUGCCGGAAAAUCGGAGCAAUUCCGAUGCUCGCAUUCGCUGGUUUCGGCAUCAUGUUUGGCUUUACUUACAACUGCCCGACUAUUUGGCUUAAGUUUUGGGGCGAGGAUGUGGUCUCAACGAACCCGGCACAUUCGACAUCGUUCUACGUUGGUCUUUACGCUCUAUUCCAGUGCUUAGCACUGGGUUCUCUCAUUGCGGAGGCGAUUCUUGGCCUAGUCGUCAUCAUUAGGCUUUCUGGAGCGAACUUGCACAGGGACACCCUCCGAGCCGUCUUUGCCGCGCCCCUGCGUUACUUUACGGUGACAGAUACAGGGGUACUGACGAACCUAUUUUCUCAAGACAUGACUCUCAUAGACGGGGAGCUUCCGCAGGCCCUCACCAACACGUCGCUCCAAGUAUGGGUCGGGCUGGGAUCAGCUGCUGUGAUUGCGAGCUCGUCUCCCUUUGUGAUGAUCUCGUAUCCCUUCAUUGCGGCAAUCAUCUAUGGUAUUCAAAGGUUCUACCUGCGUACUUCUCGUCAGCUGCGUUUGUUGGAUUUGGAGGCAAAGGCUCCUCUCUACACCAAUUUUAUUGACACCAUCAGAGGUGUGGUCACCUUUCGUGCUUUUGGCUGGACGGAUGAAGCCACUCGUCUCAACAGCUCGCUGGUGGACACUUCACAGAGGCCUGAAUACCUCUUAAGUAUGGUGCAGCGUUGGUUGUCAUUUGUCCUGGGCAUUGUGGUCGCCCUUAUAGCCGUGCUUGUGGUGACCCUUUCCACACAACUGCGCUCCAACGCAGGCUUUGCCGGCGCUAGUAUGGUUUCCAUCAUGUCGUUUGGGAGAACACUGGCGAACCUGGUUGAGAAGUAUACGUUAUUGGAGACCUCUAUUGGUGCUGUGGUGAGGCUCAGAUCGUUUUCCGAAAACACCCCUCGUGAGAAAUUGGCAGGAGAGGUUGUUUUUCCACCUGCUUCGUGGCCGGAAAAGGCAUUGGUCGAAAUCAAAGGAGUAUCUGCGUCUUACAGAUCGAACACAGCUUCAGACUACGCCAACCUCGCUCUUCAGAACCUCACGAUUACCAUUGAGCCGGGUCAAAAGGUGGCAGUUUGCGGACGUACUGGCAGUGGUAAAUCAUCACUCGUCCUACUCCUUCUACGCCUCCUGGACCCUCUUCCAUCCUGUUUCGGUGAUAUUUUCAUUGACGGUCUCUCCCUCUACACAAUCGACCGUGCCACCUUACGCCAACGUGUGAUUGCGGUUCCCCAAGACCCCGUGUUCUUUCCAGAUGGCGUGUCUUUCAGAAUAAACCUCGACCCCUUUGCAAUUGCGACCGAUGAAGAGUGCCAAGCGGUGCUGGAAACUGUGCGGCUCUGGGGAUUGGUCAGUGAACAAGGCGGGCUCGGGGCCUCGAUGAACGCGGACGCUCUUAGUAUUGGACAGAAACAGCUUUUCAGUCUGGCGAGGGCGGUCUUGCGGAAGCGCGUGCGCAUGCGUGAAUUCUUAGCAAGUGCUGGGAUUGAGUAUGUGGAUACUGCUCGAUCCCUAGUUGACAAAGAUGACAUAGAACUGCAGCCAACAUCUGACACUCUUCGCGAAAGCAACUUUGGCGGGCUGCUUAUCUUGGAUGAAUUCAGCAGCAGCGUCGAUGUGGAGACGGAGAAGCAAAUGCAGCAGAUUCUAUGGAGCGAGUUCAAAAGCUAUUCUAUAUUGAUGAUAAGCCACCGGCUCGACAUGGUAAUGAACUUCGACAGAGUCGUGGUGCUCGACUCUGGAAAGGUGGUUGAGCAGGGCAUUCCACAAGACCUGGUUCAGAAAGAGGGCAGCUGGUUCAAACACCUAUGGACAAUCGGUAGAGAGCAGUGA